AUGGACAAGUCGAGCCCCGAGUACAAGGAGGCGCUGCACGAACAUGCGCGAACGCUGGGACUGGACCCGGUCCAAGAAGCACAGUACCUCUGGAUCGUUGAGGAAGCGCUGACGGCGCCGCUACCAGACGACUGGGAGCAAGGCGAGACGGACGAUGGCACGAUCUACUACUUCAACGUCAACAGCGAAGAGAGCAUUUGGGAGCACCCGAUGGACAGCCAUUACAAGGACAUGAUUGCCAAGAAAAAGGAAGAGGAUGCAAAGAAGCUCGCGUUCAACUCGGCGCCCAAGAAGGACCUGGGCCGGCGCCAGACGUCGGUGCAUGAGUUCGACAUGGUCGACACGAUCGAAGACAUGUCUUCCAACAAGCCAGCGCCGCUCACGAGCGCCGGAUCCGCGUUCGGGAAAGACUCGAAAGCGUGGCUCCUCGACGACGAAGACGACUUUGACGUGCCGUCGCCAACGCCGAUGCCCAAGAGCUUUAGCAUCGUGUCGUCCAUCAAAAAGACAGAGGAGCAUCCGGUGGUGUCGAAAACGCUGCCGACGCCGACACCACUGCUCUCGACGCCCGUGCCACCGACAACGACUGCAACGACCGCGAUAAAGUCAAUGGGCAGCGCCAUGUCGACGGCCACAUCUUCCAGUAACAACAAGGAGGCCGAGAAGCAGAUCGACACGCUUCGCGCCGAGAUCACGCAACUCAAGAAGAGCCACGAGACGGCCGAGAAGCAAGCCAAGACUGCGCGAGACAAACUCAGCCAAGAAAUGGAGACGCUGCGUCGGGGAAAGGAGGCUGCCGAGACGGAGGCGAAGGAAGCCAACUAUCUGCGUAUGAAGAUCAAUGAGCUCAAAACCAAAGUCUCGACGCUUGAGGCGCAGGCCACAAAGGGCGAUCCGGACGCGACCCGUGCCCUGGAUGCCCUUCGCGCUGACGUGGACGCCAAGACCAAAGAGAUAGCCGAGGCGCAGACGCAGCUAGAGACAGCCAAAGACGAGCACAGUCGUGCAAUCCAAAAGCGCGAUGACUCGCUCGCAGCGCUCAAGAAGGAGCAUGCCAUCGAGGUGGAAGCGCUCCAGGAGCAGCUCUUGCUGCGCCAGGCCACCAACAUUACACUACAGCAUUCGACGGGCGAGCUCGAGAAGCUAAAGAAGCGCAUUUCGGAGCUCGAAGACGACGCCCUCAAAUCCGCACAAGACCACGCGAAAGCCAUCGAGGAGCAUAAAGCUGCACACGCCGAGGCGCUAGCAGCCCUGGCGCUAGCUCAAAAGAAAUGCAGCGACGCAGACGCUGCACAAGCUUCGCAACGCGACGAGCUUGACGCGCAAACGAGUCAGCUCCAGGCCAAGCUCAAGCUUCAGGCCAAAGCGGCCGACGACCUGUCGCAGCAGCUUGGAGACGUAGAGCGCCAGCUGCAAGACACCAAGGACAAAUGGCGUACCGCGACUGCGCAGAGUGACGAGCUGGCCCUGCAUGUGCGCCGACUCGAAGACAAGGAACGAUCGACAGCAAUGGCCUUCGCUGAUGAAAAGCGGCUUUUGGAACAGAGUGCGAAAUCCUGGCAAGACCGACUACAAGCUGUACAGCGCGAGCUGGAGACACUUGGAGUCGCUGCAAAAGCAGAAAAGGAGGCCCACGCCCACGCGCUCUCGGUCGCCAACGACGCUCUCAACGAGAUGCGGCGGGAGAAGGAGCGCGCGAUGGGUCAGUUUGGCGAAGUCCAAACGCUAAAGAAGGACAACGAAAUCCUCAAUCUGGACCUGGGUCGCGUUCGUGAUCAAAAAGCAACGUUGGAGUUUGAGCUUCGGAACCUCAAGCAAGCGCAGUCAGUCGACACGUCCCAGCUCAUGCAGUACAAAGUGCAAAUCGAGGAGUAUGCCCGCAAAGAGUUCAUGGAAAAGCAGCGGUUCGAGAUGCUCGCGGGUGAAAAAGCCAGCGUCGAAAAGAAGAUUGGGGCCAUGGAAGCCCAGAUUCAGACGCUUCGAGCCGAGCACCGGACCGACCUCGACAAGUAUUUAUACCGGAUCCGCGAGCUCGAAAGCCAAAACGCACGACUGGAGUAUGACAUUUCUCGGGCCGAAGAAAAGUUUUCGACGGCGGAAAAGUGGCGCCUCAAAGAAGUGAGCCGCGUCGAGCAGCGGGACACGGAGCUCUUGGAAAUUAAGGAAGAGCUCGGUCGUGCAAAAGCCCGCAACAUUGAAGGCGAGAACCACCAUUUGAUCAACGAGCUUCGGGGCCAAACCAAGCUCCUCGAGCAAAAGAUUAUCGAGCUCGAGCGUGCGCUGGCCAACGAAGUGUCGGCCAAGACCCAGGCCGAGCGUCUCUGGGCAGCGGAAACGGAUAACGCGAAGAAGCAGUGGGCUGCGCAGAUCCCGCAGCUUGCCGCCGCCGCCACACAGCGGGCGAGCGACGAGUGGAAGAAACGGUGCGACGACAUGGUCGAGAAGAUCAAGGCCGAGUACCAAGAUAGUUGGCUUCAAGAGCGGCAACAAACAACGACGCGGGAAGCCCAUUGGCACGAAGCCAAGCGCGACCUCCUGCGCCAGAUACAAACGUUCGCGUCCGAGAAGGACUUUUUCUCCAAGGAAAUCUCGCGUCUCGAAGACAACAACAAACACCUCAUGGAACAGCUCCAUACGAUUCGAGUGUACUUGACGCAGCGGCCGCUGCACGGCACGUUCCCACCACCGCCGCAGGUCGUGUCGCAGAACCCCGCGCCCACCAAUGUAGCGACGGACCCACAGCUCUCGUCGCACCUUCAGCACCAGCUCGGCGUUCUCCACGCCCAGUUCCAGCAGCUUUUUGAAGCGUCAACGACACCGGCACCGCGAUCCAGCCACGUACGCGACUACAAUCCGGCGCCAGAGACCCCAUUGCCCGAGACUGCACCCUCGGGCGCCCACCUCCUCGAAGAGAAGCAGCGACUCAUUCGGUCCAUGGAAGACGUGGCAACGUAUCCGAACGCCUUGGACCCUGCCACAACCACAACGACGAUGGACGAGGAGGAGUGGUCGAAGGAGCUGGAGGCGAACCGGAAGCCGGGGCAGAAGCACCCGACGCCGUCGCCAGGCUUUGCGGACCGCGUCUUCUACGAGAGCCUGCUGCGUCAGAACCCCGAGAGUAAGAUGGCCAAGAAGUGGUGCAUCGAGUACGGCGUGCUCGAGGCCGACGAAGCGGCCGCGCUCUGCAAGACCAUGGGCAUCGCGUUCAAAGCGCCCAAGGAGCUCAAGAAGACGAGCGCCAAGUCGUCGUCCAAGAAGAAGUCGAACGUCCUUGACGACGCCGUCGACGACAUUGGUCUGCACGCAGGCAGCCACAUGGAAGGCGUCGGCGUCGGCAGCAUCUAA